AUGGAAAAGGUAGGUGUAGGAAAAUUGUUUCUACAAGAACUUUAAAUAUUCUUUGCCCUGUUAUUAGGUGAGUAGUUAUCUAUUUUAGGUUUACAACAAUCUUAGGGAAUGGACUCAAUAAUUCCUUUAAUUUUGAAUUUCAUUUCUGGAGUAGCAUUUUUUGUGGCAAAAUUUAAAGAUUACAACUAAGUAAAUGUUUUUUGGAAGUUGAAAUUACUAAUAAUUUUGAUCUAAGUAUCUAUGAAUGUGGAAACGAGUCAAUUUUGUUUAAUUAUGACUCAUUUGUUGGAGGAUGAACUGUUGAAGUGUUUUUGCUUGGGAACAGCACUGUUGAUUAACAUAAUAUAGGAUCAGGAGACAAAUUACAUCACAACGAUACCGAACAGCAUUUUGUUAUUUUUCAACAUAGUAAUAUGGUUUGGGUUUCUGUUUAUGAAAUGUACGAACACAAAAAGGGAGGAUGUGUAUCUUGAGAAGGAACUGAAACAGAAGUCGACUCAAUUGAAGGAAUCGAUAAACAAUAGGGAUAUUGGAAGUAGAGUGAAUCAACAGUAAUCAAUGUUGCAAGAAUUGAAUCCUCUGAAAAUAGAGAGUAAUGAGGAUGAGUAGAUUUUACAACAUGUUGCAUGGAUAUAAAAUCAAUCAGUGUUGGUUUACAACAAUAAGCUAAACAUUGUUUAUUAGAAUAUAUUUUUAGGAAAGUUAUUGAAACAAUCUACUUUGGAUGAAUUACAAACCUAGUAAUAGUCAAAGCCUGAUUAUGAGGAGCAAUUCUUAAGCAGUUAGAUUUUGUUGGGGAGUAAAGAAUUAAUAGAGAUUAAUAACGUUGUUGAUUAGUCACUGAAUAGCGAUGGUUCUUUCCUGUUGAAUAGAGUGAAUGAUUAUCACAAGUGCCGAUUGAAAUCGAAACUGACAAUACGUGACCUGACUUUGAUGAUGCAAAAUGAGUUCGAUAAAUGGCGAACGUGUAUGGUGACUCUGUUUGCAUUGAAGAGUGAGAUGCUCGAUUUUGAGAAUGUCCAAGUCAAAGCCUUUGUGAAUAAGAUCAAUGAGAAUUCCUAUGUCUUUUUCCUCUUUGAUUAGAAACCAGUGCAAAAGAAGAGUGACGAAAGCAACCUCCCAAUAAUCAAUGUAAUCACUACUUUUGUGCAUGAAUCAGUAAGUUAUAUUAACUGUAUUUUAACUCUAAUUUUAUUGACAUAAAGUGACCAUGAGAACACUCUAAAAAUAUCCCUAAAAUAGAAUUAUUACACACCAAUCAAAUUAAUAAGUUAGAGGUUCUUCUUAUUUGUAAACAGCAUGAGAGAUUAUAUUUUCUACAUCCAAAACUAGUUGUUUUUGAAGAUCUCAGCAUUUAGAGUGAGUGAUAUCGUGGAAGAGAUAGUGAAUUUAUACGAGGAUAAUUUAAAGAUCAGAGAUGUGAAUCUAAUAACCUCAAUAGAUUUGAGUGAUAACAAUUAAGUGUUAUUCAGUGAUAUUGAUAGAGUACACUAUAAUGUUUAAAAAUAGUUAAAACAAAUUUUAGCUUGUUUAUUAACAUAUUGUUUGAAGUACACUUCAGGAUCAUCCUUGAAAUUGGACAUCAAAAGUUAUACGGUUAGUGGAAUUAUGAUUUCAUUCAAAGAUAGCAUGAUUGCCAAAGAUGAAAGCCUCAGGAAAUCUAUCUCUGCCCUCAUAAAAACUUUGAACUCAUCUCUGAAAACCUCAUCAUUUUAUUAGGUGGAUCUAAAUAAUUUAUUAGAACUCUAAAUUUGUGUGAUAUUAUGUUUCUAAUUGAGUGGCACUUUCAAAAGAGGAAUCGAUUUCCUUUAUGACAGUUAGGGAUGCGGGACAUUCACUUUUGUAGUUGAAUCCCAAUCCAGUUCGUAGAGGAUGUAGAGUCAUCAAGAUACAGGGCCAAUUAAAAUCAUAGGACAAAGAAAAUAUUAUGAAACAUCCUUAUCCUUAAUGUUGGCCCAAGACAGCAGUGGCUAUAGAGAAGAGUCAAAGUAUAAUAUCUGCAUCAUUAGAUACUACACGUUAAGCCAAUUAUCGAAGUAAUUCUCUAUGAAACCUGGAGAGGGCCUAGAUGCUCACAGCGCGUACUUCUCCCAAAUCUCCAGGAUCAAAUAAGACUCAUCAAAUUCUAGAUAGGUCUAGAAUUCUGGGUCAGUUCCCAAAUAAUCUAAAGAGUAGACAAUCAGCUAUUCUGGAACUUGGAAACAAGGGUUUCCUGAUAUCGUUUAAUAGACAUAUAAGAAGAGUAGGAAUGAAAGAAGUGAAUCUCAAUAAGACUCUCAUUCAGCGUAUGAAGGAUUGGAACAAAGCAUUCCCUCUAUACAUCCUCCUGAAUUCACUCCUAAGUUGCUGCCUUCAGUCAUUAAAUAUCGACUGAGGUUGACUUGUUGUUCCAAAGUGUUAAUAGUUGAUAAUGAUCAUUACAGUGUAUUAUCAUUACAGAAGGUACUAGAGAAAUAUAACAUCAAAUGUGACAGGGCCUUCAAUGGAGUGGAGGCUUAAUAGAUGAUUUCGAAUAAGUAAAUCAAGCCUUGCCAUUGUGGGAACAGGUCGUACUUGUUAUUUUUCAUAGAAUUUCAUCUGCCACUUUUAUCGGGAAUCGAACUUAUGAAAUUCUUGAAGAGUUAGAUGAAAAUGGGAUUGAUUGAUAAAGGAUUUGCAAUAAUUAUUUCAACAUUUGCUGAUUUGAAUUUGAAAUUGGAAUGCUUUAAGAAUGGUGCCGAUUACUUCAUUGCAAAACCAUUUGAUUUAAUAGAUAUAGGAGCAGCAGUUUAAUAUUUAGAUUUUUGA